AUGGCCGCUUACCUAGCCAGCAAUGGGGGCAACAAGGCAAAGCUUGCUAAAUUUGUCACGAAGUUGUCAGUCAAUGUUACCCAUAUUGUGCGCAAAAACAAAGCCGGUCGCCAUAUUCCCCGAAUCAAGGUGAUCUCGGGCCUUGCCACGCGUAACGACGGUGCUGGUUUAAUCCCUCCACCCAUCGUCCCUGAAUCCGGGGCUGGGCCAAAAGAGGUCAGAUUUUGGCUAGAGAACUCGGCCGGGCCGUCAUCAUCCGCUCCAGGAGGAGGGAGAGGAGGAGCAAAAGGAGGAAUGGGUGGUGGUGGUGCUGGUGCUGGCAGCAAGAAAGGGAAGCAGGCACCAAAGCCUGGUCCGACGCCUGCACCUCCUCAAGGGCGAUACAUCAGCGUCUACGAGUUUUUUCGUUCUGGUAUGGAGAGGGCCCAAGGCUUCUGGUUACUUCCCCUACCAGUGGUCAAUGUCGGCACUCGAGAGAGACCAUCCUACCUGCCUGCGCAAGUCUGCCAUGUCAUUCCUGGUCAAGCCUCCAACGCCCAGUUGACGCCUGCCCAGACACAACAGAUUAUUCGGUUCGCGGUGCGCAGGCCGGCACAGAAUGCACAGUCCAUCAUCACAGCUGGGGCGCAGAUGUUGACGGGCGACACCUCGACCUUGGACGCAUUCAAUAUCAGCAUCAGGCCAAGAUUGCUCAGCGUGCCCGGGCGAGUGUUGAAUUCGCCCAGCGUGCGGUACGGGGCGCAGAAACAGGCGGCGACGCGGUUCGGCAGCUGGAACAUGCAGCAGGUGCAGUUUUCCGCCAAAACAAAUCUACCGUACUGGACCUACCUUUGGAUUUCAUCCCCGACGGUCGACCCAUGGAGAGAUGAAGAAGAGCUACAAACCUCCGUGAGGAAGUUUACUGCCAAGCUGGGUGAGCUAGGUAUCACUUGCAGCGACUGCACGCGAGGCAUGCGCAUCACCGUUGGCCCCGGCCCCGGCACCGUCGAGUCACGCAUUGAUGAAGCCUUCCACCGAUUCACAUCCAGCCCCAACAGACCGCCUCCGAAGCUCGUCCUCGCCAUCCUGCCAGCGGCCGACGUUGCCAUCUACAACCGCGUCAAAUACGCAUGCGACGUUCGGGAGGGGCUGAUCAAUGUGUGCGUGAUUGCAUCCAAGUUCGCAAAAGCCAACGACCAAUACCUCGCCAACGUCGGGCUCAAGUUCAAUCUGAAGCUUGGGGGCAUCAACCAGAGUUUGGAGCCGUCGAAACUCGGCCUCCUGUCCCAGGGCAAGACUAUGGUGGUCGGCAUUGACGUGACUCACCCCUCUCCCGGGUCUGCUGCCACUGCCCCCAGCGUCGCUGGCAUCGUGGCUUCCAUUGACAAAGGGCUGGGACAGUGGCCGGCUGACUUGGCCAUCCAGACGGCGCGUCAGGAGAUGGUGGCAGGACUGCAGUCAUUGAUGGAGGCCCGGCUCGCCUUGUGGAAAAGCCACAACGGCGUGUACCCGGAGAACAUACUGAUCUAUCGCGACGGCGUUUCCGAAGGGCAAUACAAUCUAGUUCUCGAUCAAGAGCUGCCCGAGGUCCGCUCAGCUUGUGCCAAGCUAUAUUCCGCCACUGCGACAAAGCAGGGCCUGCCACGCAUCACCAUCGUCAUUGUGGGCAAGCGGCACCACAUACGGUUUUACCCGACCGAUUCCAAACAGGCAGAUCGCUCCUCCAACCCUCAAAACGGAACCGUUGUCGACCGCGGCGUGACGGAGGCGCGGAAUUGGGACUUCUUCAUGCAGGCACACACUGCCAUCCAAGGCACCGCCCGUCCAGCACACUACUAUGUGGUCUGGGACGAGAUCUUCCAAGCUCGUCAAGGCUCGGGCUACCCGCCCCCGUUCAAGAACGCGGCCGAUGUUCUCGAAGACCUGACACACAACAUGUGUUAUCUGUUUGGCCGAGCCACCAAGGCCGUCAGCAUCUGUCCUCCAGCCUACUAUGCCGAUCUGGUGUGCGAACGCGCCCGAUGCUACAUGAGCGGUCUUUUCAACCCGUCUGGAGCCAGUUCAGCUGGCAGCGUGGGUGAAGGGGACGAGUCUACCUCACACGGACCAGAUUCGAGUUUGGUGAAGAUCCACCCAAACGUGCGCAACAGCAUGUUUUAUGUUUGA